GGUUUGUAAUUUUAAAGUGAGAAAAUGAUGCCAUUGACGCCUGAUCAGUCUAGAAGAAGUUGGGUCCGGUUAUGACAGCUUCUCGUGCCGUUUCUCACACCUCAGCCCGGAAACGACGCCUCCUGAUUCACGUGAGGUUCUGAAUGGUGCCCCAACCGUCAGGACAAGGACAAAGAGACUAACGUCCAAGUUUUGCUUCGAUGCAGACCAUUUAGUGAAGAUGAGCUCAGAUCCAACGUUCCCAGGGUGGUGACAUGUAGUGAAAACAAAAGGGAAGUUACUGUUAUGCACACUCUAGGUAACAAGCAAGUAGAUAGAGUUUUCACCUUUGAUAAGGUUUUUGGACCUAAAGCACAGCAAAGAUCAAUAUACGAGCAAGCAAUUGCCCCAAUUGUGAAUGAAGUUCUCGAUGGUUUCAAUUGCACUGUUUUCGCAUAUGGCCAGACAGGUACUGGCAAAACUUAUACAAUGGAAGGCGGCAUGCGAAAUAAGGGUGGUGAUUUACCUGCUGAGGCUGGUGUAAUUCCAAGAGCAGUGCGUCAAAUUUUUGAUAUUUUAGAAGCACAGAAUGCCGACUAUAACAUGAAAGUGACAUUCCUUGAGCUUUAUAAUGAAGAGAUAACCGAUUUGUUGUCCCCAGACGAGAAUUCUAGGCCUACCGAGGAAAAACAGAAGAAACCUAUAACCCUUAUGGAAGAUGGAAAGGGCUGUGUGUUUGUGAGAGGCCUUGAAGAAGAAUCAGUUUACAGCGUCAAUGAAAUUUACACUCUAUUGGAACGAGGAGCGUCCAAAAGGCGCACUGCAGAAACUUUGCUCAACAAGAGAAGCAGCCGUUCUCAUUCAGUCUUCACCAUUACUGUGUAUGUAAAGGAGACAGUGAUUGGCGACGAGGAGUUGAUUAAAUGUGGCAAGCUCAAUCUCGUCGACUUGGCAGGAUCAGAAAAUAUAAUGCGUUCAGGAGCACGUGAGGGGCGUGCUAGAGAAGCAGGGGAGAUAAACAAGAGCUUACUCACCCUGGGACGUGUCAUAAAUGCACUUGUGGAACAUUCUGCUCAUGUGCCUUACAGAGACAGUAAGCUUACAAGGAUUUUGCGAGACUCCCUAGGAGGGAAAACAAAGACAUGCAUAAUUGCUACUAUUUCUCCUUCUGCUUAUUGUAUGGAUGAAACACUAAGUACACUAGACUAUGCUAGUCGUGCAAAAAGCAUAAAGAAUAAGCCUGAGGCAAACCAAAAUGUUUCAAAGGCCGUUUUGCUGAAGGACUUGUACAUAGAAAUUGAGAGGAUGAAAGAAGAUAUUCGAGCUGCAAGGGAAAAGAACGGUGUAUAUAUUUCUCAUGAAAGAUUUGCCAAGGAAGAAACAGAAAAGAAGGAAAGGAAUGAGAAGAUAGAGCAAUUAGAGAAUGACCUUGGCCUAAGUGAGAAGCAAGUGGAGAGCUUCCGUGAGCUCUAUUUAACAGAGCAAGAACAGAAACUGGAUUUAGAAAGAGAGCUUAAGGAUUGCAAGGGGAAUUUGGAAAAAACCAGAAACACCUUACAUGAUCUCCAAGAGAACUACAAGCAAGUAGUUUCAACCUUGAAGGAGAAGGAAUACACCAUUUCCAAGCUAAUGAAGUCAGAAACUGCCUUGAUUGAUCGUGCGAAGGAAAUGUGUACUGAUCUGAAGAAUGCAUCUGAUGAUAUUAAUUCACUGUCCUCAAAUUUGGAUCACAAAGAAAGAUUGGAGGCAGAAAAUAAAAAAAUAAUUUUGAAUUUUGGGUCUCUCCUAAAUGAGAGCUUAAAGGACUUGCAUACAACCAUUAUGGGAUCAGUUUCUCAACAACAGAAACAACUUAAAAGUAUGGAAGACCAUGUCAGCUCCUAUCUUGCCAGUAAAAGUGAUGCUGCACAAACUCUAGAAUCAAGGAUCAAGAAAAUGACGGGAAUUUACACUUCAGGGGUAGAGACCAUGAAGGAGCUAACUAAUACAUUGCACAUGAAAGCUACAUCGGAUGUGGAACUGAUGCAAUCUAAAGUGUCAUCACAAACAUUGGCAGUUGAAAAUUUUCUUGCCACUGCUGUUUCUGAAGCCAAGGAUGUUAUAUGCAACAUCCAGAAUUCUAUUGAUGAGCAAAAGCAGCUGCUAGCAUUCUCACUUCAACAGCAAGAGCAAGGAUUGCAACGAAGCAUAGCUUCAGCACGAGUCGCUUCAGAGGCUGCUAUAAACUUUUUUAAUGACAUUCAUCUACGUUCUUCAAGUGUCAUGAAAGUUCUUGAAGAAACUCAAAAUGAGAGGUCCGAGCAGUUAGCUAACUUUGAGAAGAAGUUUAAGGAAGAGGUUGAGAGAGAGGAGGCACAGGCCUUACAGAAAAUUGCAGCGAUUUUGGGAACCAUGACAUCUAAUAGGACGGUUAUGGUCUCAGAGGCAUCAAGGAAUAUCAAGGACACAAGCAUGCAACAGUCCAAGAGAUUACAGCUAGAGAUGCUCAACAUGCAGCAAGUUUCAAAAGAUGGUACCAAGGAAGUUAGUGGGUAUGUAGAGAACGUGAAAAGUCACUUUGUGGAGCAAAUAUUCUCGGCCAGUGAUAUUAAUACUACCAUGGAGAAUUGCCUCCUUGAGUGCUCAAAGACUGUAGAGUGUUCUAGGAAGCAGUGGGAAAGUGCCAACUCGUCCUCUUGUAAUCUCCUCAAGAACAAUCUUGCAGAGAUAGAAUCCACAGUGAAGGAAAACAUCUUAUCAAAUCAUGCUCUUAAGCAAGAAUUUGUGUCUGCAUCAUUGUCUAUGGAUUCAGAUUAUGAUGCAGUAACACGCACCCUGCUGGCAGAUGUAAAUGGUGCACUGAUGAUGGACCAUGAGAAUAAGAAGGCAAUUGAUUCCAUGACCACAAGGUGGUUGGAGCAGCUUAACUCAUUGCAAGACAAGCAUGGCCAAGAUGUAUCAAAUAUCCAUGUUCAAGCAGAAAAAAGCCUGGUUAAAGAUUACUUGGUUGAUCAGAAUGAAAGAUCUCAGAAAAGAAUUAUAUCAGUUCCCAGCCCGGCUUCCUUUGAGGAGAUGAGAACACUGAUCACAGAAGACAAGUCCACCGAGAACUCGCCGAAAUUAAUUCAUGCAGAAAGCAAAACUCCAAAUCGAACUCCUUUUGCAGACGUGAAUUCAGUCAAUUAGUGAGAAAGUUAUAUGAGAGAAUGAAACUCCACAAAGCUCAUCACUUAAUGAGCACUCUCUCUAACAUGUACCCUCCCGUAGAGACUAAAGUUGUAGUUUAGUGUAAAAGGUCUAUUUGAAUUUUCCUAUUUAGUUGAGGUGUGCUUCUGCACGCAAUUUGUUUGUAGUUAUAUGUAUUCUCCAUUUCUCUAGUUUCCUCCUUUUACA